GAACUUGAACCACCAAAUGGCCACCGGAAAUUUCUUCCAACAAGUAACACUGCCUCAGCAAAAAUCCCAGAACGACGGCCCUCUUUUUCCGGCGGUGUUAUCACCCUCCUCUACAACUGCAGUACAACUCUCUACAUUUAAAGAGGCGAUCAGAGCUCAUAAACCAUGGCUGGAAUCUAUUCUACUCAAAAGUGGCGCUAUUCUCUUCCGAGGUUUCCCGGUUACAUCUCCGUUCGACUUCAACGACGUCCUUGAAGCUUUCGGCUACCCGGAAUUCUCCUACCUCGGUGGACGAGCCCCUCGGACACAAGUCAUUGGUAGAGUUUAUACUGCAAAUGAAAGCCCUCUUCAUAUGGAACUUCCUUUUCAUCACGAGAUGUCUUACGUUCCAGAUUUCCCCACAAAGUUGUUUUUCUUUUGUGAAGAAGAGCCAGGAGAAGGGGGAGAAACCCCUAUAGUUCUGAGUCAUAUCGUAUACGAAAAGAUGAAAGAGAGACAUCCGGAUUUCGUUGCACAGCUCGAGGAGCAUGGAUUGGCAUAUAUAAAGAUAGCAAGUGAUCGGGACGAUCCAUCAUCCGUUACUGGUAGUAGUUGGAAGAAGGCAUACCAAACCGAUGACAAGAAUGUUGCCGAGGAAAGGGCGGUGAAGCAGGGAACAAAGCUAGAAUGGAUGGGGAAUAUGGCAAAGACUAUAACAGGUCCAGUGGCUGCGAUCAGGUUUGACGAGGCGACUGGCAGGAAAACAUGGUUUAAUAGUCUUGCUGUUGCUUACAAUGUUCCUACGAGUGAGAAGCAGAGUACAUCCGUAGAGCUGGGUAGCGGCGAUCCUGUGGAUUAUGAUGCUAUGAAAGACAUGUUGAGAAUAUUGAAAGAAGAAUGUGUUGCGAUACCUUGGAAGAAAGGCGAUGUUCUCUUGGUCAAUAAUUUGACGGUUCUUCAUAGCCGGUGGCCACUAAUAAAGCCUCCUCGUCGUAUACUAGCUUCACUGUGCAAGUGAUUCAAUAAAGCCUCCACACAAAAUGACGUUACAUAUAACUUUAUUACAAUAAGAGAAGGGGUUUGAUCUCAUUCGAGUUUGUACUUGGAAUUUUAGCUACCGUACGUCAUGUGUCUAUCAUGCAUAUACAAAAAAAUUAUGAGAUAACGCUUUGGAUAAGCAAUAUUACAAAAUUAGGAGUUAAUGUUGAAAAGACUUAAAGUGAUAAUAAAUAAAUGUGUCUAUCAUGCAUAUACAAAAAAAUUAAGAGUUAAUGUUUUGGAUAAGCAAUACUACAAAAUUAAGAGUUAUUGUUCCAAAGACGCUAAGUGUUAAUAAAUAAA